UUCUUAAAAUCCCAUUUUAAACCUAACGUUAACCCUAGCCUGAACCACACUGGCAACCUUAUGCAAACCUUAAAUUUAAGACCAAAAAACAAAUGUUUGUUAUACAUUUUUAUGAUAGCCAUUUUGACAUUGUGGCUGUGAUAACUAGUAACAACCUGUUCGCUCGGGCUUUUUCCGGUAUCGGGCUCGAUUGUGUGCAUAGGCUCCAUUUGCUAGUGCCACUCGGGCGCAGCUCACUCGCUCGUUCGUUGACACGCAAAAACACUGUUGCCAAUUUAAUCGAUUUUACAACUUGAGGAUUUCUUCAGCCGCUCUCACGGAAAUAAACACCGUAUGCAGGGAUCGGACAGCGCAGGGCUGCAGUGCAGCAUUUGAAACGACCGUAUUUAAAUCACGCAAUCGGGAAGAGAUUUCCGUGGAUUUUAAAUUUUGGAGAAUGUUCAGUUGCUAGCUAGCUGGCUCCAGCUCGAAAGCACAAAUCCACAAGUAUACAUGGGCUAAUCAACAGUUUUGAUUUCCUUGCUAGUUAGCACAAUAACGUUUUAUUAGGCACGGUGGUGGUUUAGUUACCCGGGUAUUGGAGAAUAACGUCGAGUUUCUAUUUUUAUAAUCAAUGGUGCUGGCUAGCUAGCCCGAAAACUUUAUUUAUAUAUAUAACGUUAUAUACGUCAACGAAGGUCAGGGUUCGAGCGUGGGUCUAACUUGGCCUGAAGUUGAAGUCCUCGGAUUUUAUUUUAACACUUCCAUAACGUUACCUGUGAGAUUUCCGCUAACGUUAGUUGUCAUUGAAUGAAAACCGAGCUAACUAGGUUAUUAGCUAGCUUGCUGUAGCCUUGACACUGCACUGAUAACUUUCGCUUAGAAUGUGUGCUUCCUCAAAUGUAGCCACUACUAGCCGAGGUUAAUGUGUAUUUUAUUUUUAUUUUUUACUUUGCAUUUAUUAAUGCGAACUGUAGCUAGCUAGACAACUCAUAGCUAACGUUAAUGCUGGUGGCUAGCCAUCUGAGACAUAUUUGCUAGCUUGUGUUGCCGGCAGAAAUAGUAUUACCCAGUGAGUUCAAACGGUUGAACUCUGGACCCCCUAUUUUCCACCCCUGUGUUGACAUGGGAAACAUACUUGUACGCUAGCUGUCUGGCUAGCUAAUUUAGCGGCUAAUGAAGGAAUCAACUUGUUGAUCACACAGCGUGUGUGUCUAACACAGCUAGCUAGUAGACGGUGGUUUUACCACUGCUAGCUAAAUGAACACAAGAUCCUGAAACUAUUUUUAUUCGUCUUCCCCUCUACACUUAUUUUCUACAACAUCCCUGAAAAUGUCGGCCAGGACGCCAUUGUUGGCCGUCAUUGAAAAUUCGUCAGGUGGCCAGGACACCAAGGCGGGGGGCCGUCCCAGCAUGCCGCGAUGUCGGAACUCGGUUGCCACGACGGCGGAGGAGACCCCUCACAUCGGUAACUAUCGGUUGCUGAAGACCAUUGGCAAGGGCAACUUCGCUAAAGUCAAACUGGCACGCCACGUCCUCACCGGGAAAGAGGUGGCUGUUAAGAUUAUUGAUAAAACACAACUCAACUCUUCCAGUCUGCAGAAGCUCUUCCGAGAAGUGAGAAUCAUGAAGCUGUUGAAUCAUCCUAACAUAGUGAAGUUAUUUGAGGUGAUCGAGACGGAGAAGACAUUGUACCUGGUCAUGGAGUAUGCCAGUGGAGGCGAGGUGUUUGAUUACCUGGUCGCUCAUGGGAGGAUGAAAGAAAAGGAGGCGCGUGCCAAAUUCAGACAGAUCGUGUCAGCGGUCCAGUACUGUCACCAGAAGUGUAUUGUCCACAGAGAUCUGAAGGCUGAGAACCUACUCCUGGACUCUGACAUGAACAUCAAGAUAGCAGACUUUGGCUUCAGUAAUGAGUUCGUAAUGGGCAGUAAGCUGGACACGUUCUGUGGUUCUCCUCCCUACGCCGCCCCAGAGCUGUUCCAGGGGAAGAAGUACGACGGGCCAGAGGUGGACGUCUGGAGCCUGGGGGUCAUCCUGUACACGCUGGUGUCAGGGUCGCUGCCCUUCGAUGGACAGAACCUCAAGGAGUUGAGAGAGCGCGUGUUGAGGGGGAAGUAUCGUAUUCCGUUCUACAUGUCUACAGACUGUGAAAACCUACUGAAGAAGUUCCUGAUCCUCAACCCCACCAAGAGAGGCAGCCUGGAGCAGAUAAUGAAGGAUAGGUGGAUGAAUGUGGGUCAUGAUGAGGAGGAGUUGAAACCGUACAUAGAGCCCAUGCCUGACUACAAGGACCCCAAGAGAACAGAGAUCAUGAUUCAGAUGGGUUACUCCAUGGAGGAGGUGCAGGACUCGCUGGUCAACCAGAAAUACAACGAAGUCAUGGCCACGUAUCUACUACUGGACUACACAAACCACGAGCUGGAUGAGGGUAUCAUUAAGCCCCGCCCAGGAAAUGAACUCUCGAAAAGUAGCGCCCCGUCCCCGCCCAGCAAGGUACAGCGCAGCGUAUCGUCCAACCAGAAACCUCGCAGAGCCACUGACCAGGGGUCUUCUGCCAGGGGGCGUGGUCAGGGGGACAACAAGGAGGAUUCUGGGAGGAAAGGAUCUGGCAGCUCGGCCAAAGUUUUGACCAGCCCGCUGGUCUCUGACCGCAAAAAGAGUGCCACACCCUCUACCGUGAGUAUUCCAUCCACGCCCUGCCCGUCCUCACACACUCCUGUCAUGCAUGUGUGUGUAUGUGUGUGUGUGUCGGGCGGGCGCUCCCCUCCCCCUACCAGCCUGAACACCCCCGGGUCCCGAGCCUCCACCUCGUCUGCUGCUGCCAUCCUCUCCUCUUCCUCUUCCUCCCGUCCCCGCCACCACAAGUCCCUGUCCACCUCCAACCACCCCUGUCCGCCUCCCGGCCCUGAUUUCCACGCACUGCACCACCGGCCCAGCACUCCCCACCAGAGACCACCUGGCGCGUCCCCCUCAGCCCACAACAUCAGCAGCUCCGCGGUGACGGACCGUACCAACUUCUCCCGGGGGGUGGCCAUCCGCAGCACCUUCCACGCAGGACAGCAGAGAGGUGCCAGAGACCAGCAGGGUUCUCCGGGGGCGCCAGUCUCCCCCUCCCUCAGCCACGGCAACAGCCAGACCAGAAGACCUGGGGCCACCGGUAUCUUCUCCAAGUUCACCUCCAAAUUCGUACGCAGGAGUCCGUAUGAGGGAGAGGGUCAGGAUGAGGAAAGCAGGUCGAUGCUGAGCAGCACCGUCGACAAAUCAGAGAAGAGCGGCGUCCUAGGCUCCUCCCACAGCGGCAGCGGAGACGAGAACAAGGAUAACUCCUCCCCUGUUUCCGGUACCGCCACCCCGCCACCGAAGGACCCGUCGACCAAACCGCGUUCCCUCCGGUUCACCUGGUCCAUGAAGACCACGUCCUCCUUGGAUCCCGGGGAGAUGAUGAGAGAGAUCCGGAAGGUUCUAGAAUCCAACAGCUGUGAGUACGAGCUGCGGGAGCGCUACAUGCUGCUGUGCAUCUUCGGGAACCCUUCCCGCGACGACUUCGUCCAAUGGGAGAUGGAGGUGUGCAAGCUGCCCCGCCUCUCACUGAACGGCGUGCGCUUCAAGAGGAUCUCCGGGACGUCGAUCGCGUUUAAGAACAUCGCGUCGAAGAUCGCUAACGAGCUCAAACUGUGAGACGGAGAGAGGGAUGGAGAGAUGAGGGAUUUUACACAUGUGGAUAGAGAGGAAUGGAGAGACUGAAUGAGAAGGAUGCUGCACUGAGUAGUGCUGGGUAGGUGGGAGGGGUUCAGUGUUUGAGAAGAUAAUGGGUGGAGUGACUGUUCUUCUGCUGGGGGGGGGUUCUGUCUAGUUUUUUUCCUCUGUUGACGUUUGUGUUUUAGAACCUCGCUGGGUUCUCUAGCUGGGGUUCUCGUCUUCUAGAUCCACUGCAUGUUGGUUCUGCCGCUCUCUCUUUUCACCUGGUGGUUGUACACACUCCGCCUCUCUCUCGCUGCCACACAAACACGCUGUACUGUACUGAGGGGAGGCCUAAGUCUGAACACACCUUCAUACCUGCUCCGAGGCUCUUCUCCUGUCGGUUCUACUUAAAUGGGUUCUAGACUGGGUUACACUCAAGAGUUCUAAAGAGAACAGAGCGGACUGACUUGAUGCUGGAAAUAAACUAACUCAACGCUGGAACGGUUCUCCUGGGUUCUACUGUUCUCUGACCCAAAUGGACUCCCCGGAACCUGAACUGUAGAACACACCAUAGGCCUUCGGUGGAAGGACAGUCGUUCUGCCCGUUUGAUGUGAGGGGAGACACUGCUCUGUUUUAAGUCUCUCUCACACACACCAAACUGGACUCUUAAUGACUGCUGUCUGUUUUGAAUCCAAACACACCAGGCCCCCCCCGACCCUCACUCUUUUUAUUUUUUCAUCAGGGGUGAAAUCCCCCUUUCGUCCAAUCACAGGCCCAAUAGACUUGAUUCACCAUUGGACGACAACACUUUAUUUUCCUCAUUCUGGUUGUUGGUUUAAGGUCAAAGGUUUUACACUGGAAAAAGGGGAAUUUCCUUUCUUUAAUAGAAGACAAAUGGAAAAAUGUAGUUCUUGUUGCUGUUCUAUUAUGACAAAGAAACGUGUUAAUGAUCGAUGGGGUUGUAUCACGCGUCUGUACAGAAAGAGAACACAGCAGCCAUCUUUCUACUCCCCCUUCCUGCCCCCAAGGAGUAGUAUGUUCAGCCUUUUAUCAACCAGUAUUUCAUUUUAAAAUUCUAUCUAUUCAGAUCUCUGAACAAAUUAAUUUAGAACUUCUUGUUGAUUUAUUUUAGUUUGUUUUUUAUAACUUUGUUUGGGUUAAAGAAUGCCUCACCUGAGCUCCCCCACCUUGUGUAUCCCUUCACCCCCACAGGACCCCACCUUAGCUGGGCAUCUACCUGACUGGUGUCAACAGGGUGAUGAAGACUACUGAUUGUUUUCUGUGGGAUGGUUGGGUUUUAUAACGUAAACUUGUUGCCCGCUGCCUUUUUUGUAGGAUCAGGCCAAACGUUGUGUCACUGACUGUAUUCUUGUCAUCAACGCCAUUGAUUCUAUUUUAGCAGGAGCCCUCUCCCUCCUUUCUCUGCCAGUGGAAAAGAGUGAGGGAGGGGUUUGCGAGUAAUCUCUAGCCAAAUGAUAGUGGCCUGCUUUGGGGGCGGUGUACCUGAGCAAAACGCCUCAGUUCUUUUGUUUAAAAAGUCAUUCUAUUUGUUCUGUUAAAUCAUUGUUUUAAGGUGCUGGGAAAAAUGUAGUCUUUACUUAUUGCUGUUAUUACUAUAUUUCAGUGUUGAUUUAUUUUGUUUUACAUUUUUUUUUUGCUGUAAUUUGAGUCAGACAUUUUAACCAGUAUUUGGUUGGUUUGGGAGAGAUGGGGGAGUUGACUCCAAAUGUAUUUGUUUUUUUUUGUGCAAAGAAAUUAUGAAAAGUAAUAAAAAGCUGGUUUCAGUUAUAGGCCGGCGACAAAAGUG